AUGAAUCGUCUACGUCUUCUGGUUGAAUUUAUACAAUGUAGAAAAUUAAUUUCUUAUGCUUCUGGUCAAUUACUUCAAUCUCAUUAUAUUCAACGUCUGGCAAACGGAAAUGGUAAUCCUACAUUAUUACUUUUUGAAUUUGAACCAGUUUAUACAUGUGGUCUUCGUCGAUCGUCGUCUAUUGUUACUUCAGCUGAUAUUGAACGAUUACGUUCACUUGAUGCACAUUUUUAUGAAACUGAUCGUGGUGGUCUAUUGACUUUUCAUGGUCCAGGUCAACUUGUUGCUUAUCCUAUUCUACCUCUUCAACAUAAAUUUCUUCAAUUAACACUUCGAACAUAUAUUGAUCGUCUUGAACAAACAUUAGUUGAUACUUGUCGAGAGAUUAUUGGUCAAACAAGAGUUUAUGCAGGAACAGAAAAUGGACGAACAGUAAAUUAUGCUGGAGCAUGGGUAGACAAUCAACGAAAAGUUGCUUUUAUGGGUGUACGUUACUCACGUGGAAUAACAUCUCAUGGUGUAUCAAUUAAUUGUUCAAUUAAUAUGAAUUGGUUUGACCAUAUUAUACCAUGCGGAUUUGAUCGACGACAAAUAACUUCAUUAAGCGAUGAACUAUCUUCUGGACAAAUAAUAACUGUGAAACAAGUAACACCAAUUUUUUUAGAACAUUUUCAAAGAAUAUUUAAUGUUGAUUUAAGAGAGAGUGAGGAGAAAUGCAUUUAA